CGCACAACCAACCCCGGAGAUCUCGAUCAGACGAGAAUCGCGCAAAACUGAGUCGAGCACACGCAAAUCAAACGGACAGCACCCGCGGAUUACCACCGAUGGGGGCAACGCCCAGCGAUGCACAAGAUACGCGCGCCAUUGAAGACGCGAAGAUCACGCGGAGACCAAACAGGCCCCGACUCACCCUGACCGCGCCAAUCACAGUCAAUAGCGCGGAAACAGACGGAAUCGCGCAGAUCCGAGUCAGCCACACGAAGAUCAAACAGGUGGCAUUCGCGGAAUACCCCCUGAUGGGGGGCAAUUGUUGGGCAUGCGACUCGGAUCUCACCACAUUGAAGAAGCACCCAAGGAUACUCACGCCGGAGUCAAGCGCGCGGGUAAAGACCACCCCCGGAGGCCGCGCACAAACAUUAAACGACGACGCUUUGGACAGACGUGGACCCUUAUUGAGAAGUCGUAGAAGCGCCGCCGCGUCAUCCAACGGGUAGUCACCAUCAUAGUCCUAGGUAUAGUCCUGGCUAAGUCAGGAGUAGUCACAUCAGGGUCCUAAAAGCAUGGCCUAAAUCCCUGGCAUGUCAGUGGUCAUGUCAUUGUACCCACAUGUAACCCAACCACUCACCCACCACCAUGUAGCCUAUAAAUAUGGCAUUUACUCCGGUGGGUGAGGGGAUCGGAUUUUUCGGACUCUAUCUCUAAAAUCAUCGACUUCUCUCUCUAAGAUAUUUCUCUCUCAAUUCUUUUCGUAAUCUCCUCAGUUCUUCCAUCGACGAUUAUUCCCUCAUUGUUUACUCUCCUUGACCCAUUUUCCCGAGUCUCCCUCCUACACCCAGUCAAGCUCAAACAAGAAUGAAUUCCACAUUCUUUAUGGACUACGGUAACCUAUCAAGGGGAUUCAAGGAGCUUGCAUGUUUGAGAUUGUGCUAUUUGGAUCACAUCAGAAUGAAUACGUUAGCCUAACAAAAGCAUCAUAAUAUAAUUAACGAUGAGUUACAAUUAGACAUUGGAAUCUCUACACUAUCAUAAUUGAAUUCACAAUUCAAACCCAAUUCUGAUUACUUAUGGAACUAAUUCCAGAAGGAUGAUUCCAUUCCCUAGCAACUUGUUUCCUUGCUUGAAUUAAGCCAACUUCGAUUCUAUUCGUUUAUAUUAGUUGUCUAGUUGAUGACCUAAGUCAGGGGUGGAGUCAGGAUUUCGAGACAGGUUGGGCCGAAAAUAAUUAAAUAUAAAUAAAAUAAUUAUUUUAGUUAUUUUUAAAGUAUACAAACAUCAUUUGAGAUCAUUGAAAUAUCACAAAAUAGCAUCUAAACUAAAAAUUUGAGUUAUCUUUCUUUCAAUAUACUAAAUCAUUAACAUGAAACUCAUCAUUUAUUUUGUUUCGCAAUCUAUUCUUCACUAUCUAUAUAUUUGAAAAUAUGCACGAUACAUGUAGCAGUGAAAAACUGAAAGAGUUUGAAGAAGACAAAUCAACCUAUCAACAAAAUAGAAUUUCUUGGACAAUCAUAUUUCUAUUGAUCCCGACAUAGUAAAAAAAAUAAAAGAUCAUAUAGUUUCUAUAAAGAGCUAAAUUUCCCAAGUGAACUAUGUAGAGUUAAGAGCUAAAAUUCCCAAGUGAACUAAGUAGAGGUUGAUCUUUUCAUUUGUAGUUGGAUUAAAGUAACAAAAAAAAAAUGAAAAGGAGUGGGUUUACGAUUGUUGUGGAUCGAACCUGUUUACUUUGGACUAAAAAUUAGCUUAGCUACCAGUAGACCACAUGACUAUUCAUGACACAAUAUAUAGGUCGAGUACUACUUGUUCAACCUUUAUCAAAAUAUCCUUACGGUCUUAGAGACCAAGACUAUUCCCGGGUGGGCCGGGACCCACCCUACCCUCUAAAUAGCUCCGCCCUUAAGUAGUUAUAGUUGUCAGUUGAAUUCUUCAAAACCGAAUUAGUAAGAUAAUAGAUUAAAUUUGAGUACUAAUAUACCUUAAUCCCAUCAAGUAUGACCUUGUACCUAAUAUCGUACAAGUUAUGAUCGGUACACUGAUUUUCAUACCUUAACAAUUGUUCUCUUGUUUUUGUUGUUGAGUUAGUGGCUUUCUAGUUCUAUAGAUUCUUGGAUGUAAAACUGAGUUAUGGGGCUGCUAGCUUUUAUGCUUCCUCUGUUUCUUUCUUGAGCUAUAAAAUGGUCACUCAAAUUCAGGUUGGUUAUCAACUGCAUAAACAUUGCAAAACUGCACGUCUUCGGAUUUCUUGUAUUUAGGUCAUGUUUAUUUUCAAUAUCCUACGGAAUCUUUUGACUCCAGGAAAUGUUGUUUUCUCUCCUAUGGUUGGCAAAUGAUAAUUUUUAAUUGUUGAAAAUUAGUUCCGAACAUUCAUAUUUUAUUUCUUCCGCAUUGUUAUGUUUUUUUUUUAUUAUUAUUAUUAUAUAUAAGCCCAUUGCUAUAGUAUUAUUGGCCGUAUAUAUUUUAUUAACCCUUUUAUUUAAUGUCGCCCAGUUGAAUUUUUUUCGAAGUCAACAAUUAUUUGUUAGAUAGUUUGAAGAAUAUAUAUCACAGAACAGAACUUCCCAUGUAUAGUAGGGAUGGCAAUUUCGACCUGACCCGUUUUACCCGACCUGUUGGGCCUGUUUCGGGGCGGGCAUGGGUACUCUCAUCGACCCGAUCUGUCCUGACCCGCCUCAUUCUCGACCCGUUCUUGUCUAAAUUACAUAUAAGUUUAGUCAAACUACUUAGGAUUUUCCUUUUAUUACAUCAAAUUUUAGCUAUAAUAAAGUUGUAAAUUAGUCAAAAUCUCAAUUAAUCCAAUAAUUUAACUACAUUUAUCAUAAUAUUGUUUGUUUCCUUAGUCUUACAAUAAAAAGAACCCAUGUUUCUAAUGUUUUUUAUAUAAAUUGCAUACCCAUUGGGUCGACCUGCCCCGACCCGUGACCCGUGAUAAAUUACCCGACCUGGACCCAACCUGCCACGGGGCGGGUCUGGGUACUAAGAAACCCGCCCCAGACCUGCCCCAUUGCCAUUCCUAAUGUAUAGGAUAUGUACAGAAUAUGGUGCAUAACUCUUUUGUAAUUAGAUUUUGGCCCCUAAUUUUUAGUGGGCCAGAAAAUUUAGAUCUAAUGGAUGAGAAUUAGUGACUUUUUAUUUUCCCUAGUUUUCUUAAUCGCCUUUCUUUCACAGAUGAAAUGAGUUUGUUGUUAUCUACAAAAUGAGAUCCAUUUUGAAUGUAUUUUGAGAAAAAAAAUUCCAUACCACUCGUUACCACAUUGGUUAAACCUUCUUUUUUAACUCGAAUUUUGAAAUUUUUUGCACAGAAGAAACGAGUUCAUCGUGAUCGAUUAGAUCUACAAAUUUGUGUGUAAAAAUACAGGACCAAAUGUACCACUUCAUACCACCCUGUUAUAGGGGUGGUAACUGGUGUAAACAAUGAUGAAUGUGGUGAAUGACCGUUGAUAUAUUUCUACUAUCAUGUAUUCAACCAUCCUACACUAUGGUAUGUUCAAACCACAAUGAUAUCCAAACCACAUAGUAUGAUCUUAUGGAAUACCAAGCAUUACCACCAUAGUAUAGACUGGUACUAAAUGUUCUAAUUUUAUUUUGUUCCAAAUUAUAUUAAAGUGGAUAUCAUUUUGAAGAACGCAAUUAAAAUGAUUUAUAUGUGAAAAAAAUUUAAAUUAUGACUUAAAAAUGAAAGAGAUAUAGCGCGUUAAAAUUUAUAAAGAAACUAUAAAAGGCCUUACAUAAAUGGUGAUGUGGCAGGUUAUGCAUGAUUAUUGACAAUAAGAUCCAUUUUUUUGA